UGCCGUCGUCGCCGGCGAGUUUUCCAUUCUCUCGCGGUUUUUUUUCUCUCUUAUUCACACGCGGACGCGUUGAUUGGGACGAUUUAUCUUGAAGGAAAAUAGUAUAAUAAAGGAAGCGUUCGCUCGGCUCGCGACUCGAGUUGACGGCUAAUUGCGGGCAAUUUAUAUACGCGCGCAUAAGCCUGUGUGCACGGAUCGAGAAAAUUUGUUUUCAUAGAACAGUCCGCCCGAGUACCGACGACGUCUGACGUAGGCUUCUCUUUUCGAGUUUUCCGCGGAAGGUACCUUACGGGAGAAUCGGCUUUUGUUCGAAAUCGAUAUGCGAUAAUCGGUAAUCUCCGCGGGUUUGUUUGCUCGAGCCAUGUGCGGCGCAGCGACGGGAUAAACGCUCCCGUGGAUUUCCGAUGCCGAGGCUAAUUUUUCGCGACGAGAUCAUCAGCCGAUGAGCCGCCGCUCUUUUAACCGUUGCAUCGGAGCCGCAACUGACGUCAAGAGUCCAGCGGGAAUCCGAGAGGAAGACUCGAUUAAAAGCAAUCGAUAUAAGCCGGAGGCGCAUGAAAAGAUCGUUUGCAUUCUCUCGCGCGCGAGAGACGUGAGGUAUCGUCGCAGCGACAAGAGAGCAGAGAGCGGACGUCAGAAGCAGUCCAUCUUCGCGGCUCAAUAGAUUUGCGCAGGAGAGAAGAGAAGAGGAUCCCGCGCGGGAGAAAAAUUAAGAGCCGCCGUGGCGCCGAUUGCGCUUUAGUUGGGACCGAGACGAGCCGCCGGAAGGAAUAUAGUACCAAAGCAGAAGAGGAGAGGAUCGAGGCGGACUUUUUUCUUUUUUCACUUGGAACUUUUGUUGGGAGUUGAGUCAAAGGACAUACAAGAUGGUUCAAGUGGCUUCCAAGACCUCGAGCUUGCGCAAGUUCUUUCCGCAGCUCGUUGCAGGAUUUGGUGUAACGAUGGUCCUGGUGCAACUGGGUAUAUCGAGCGGCUGGUCUUCGCCAUACCUGGCCCGGCUAACCGCGCCUGACUCGCCUCUACCCCUGACCUUGGACGAAGCCUCUUGGGUGGCCUCACUGCUUAAUCUGGGCCGUUUCGCGGGUGCCAUAAUCGGCGCCAUGUCGGUCAACUACCUCGGCAGCAAACGCGCCAUGUUCAUGACCCUCAUACCCAUCAGCAUGUGCUGGCUCCUCACGAUCCUGGCCAAGUCUGCAUCCUGGCUCUACGCCGCGAGGUUCUUCGGUGGUAUGGGACUCGGCAUGACCUACAGCUCGUUCCCGCUCUACCUGGGUGAAGUGGCGUUGCCCGAGAUCAGGGGCUCGCUCGUUUCGCUUGCCGCCUGCGGUGGAACUUUCGGCGUUCUGCUGGGAAGCGUGGCUGGGAGCUACUUGGACUUGGAGGUGUCGGCUGGGAUUUACCUGGCACCUUGUCUGGCGCUGAUGGUUCUGUUUGCUUGGCUCCCGGAGUCGCCCCAUCACCUCGUUAAGAUCGGCGAGUUCGAAGAGGCCAAGAAAUCCGUCGAGUUCUACCGGGCAGGCUGCCAAGUCGAGGAAGAGUUCGACGCCGUGAAGAAGUUCGUGUCGAACGCGAGCACGGAGACCUUCUCGGAAAAGCUCGCCGAGUUCCGACAACCGGCUCUCAUACGCGCUACCAUCCUCAUCAUCGUGCUCUGGGCGUUUAUGCAGAUCUGCGGCUUCAACAGCGUUCUGUUCUACAUGGAGAUCAUUCUGAAGCAGGGACAGUCUCACCUGAUCGAAGCCAAGGUCGUCGUCAUGUACGUCAGUGCGUCGGCCGUGCUCGCUUCGGUGGUCUCCAUAAUCAUGAUUGACCGAUGUGGCAGGCGAAUGCUCCUGAUAAUCUCGAGCUUGGGCGUCACCCUUUCGAUGGCGGGUCUCGGCACGCACUUCCACUUGAUCGAGUCGGGCUACGACGUGACUGAUCUGCAGUGGCUUCCAGUGGCCUCGCUCUUCCUCUUCGACAUCUCCUUCUUCGUGGGUCUCAUGUGCGUUCCUAGCGCAGUCCUCAGUGAGCUCUUCCCUACCAACGUCAAGUGCAUCGCUGCUUGUUUUGCCAGUCUCGCUGGUGCCAUCUUUGCCUUCAUUGCCACCAAGUCCUACCAACCACUGAUCGAGCUCAUAGGCCAGAGCAACGUGUUCUUCAUGCACGCGGUGUUGACGGUAUUGAUUGUUCCCUACGCUUUGAUCUGCAUGCCCGAGACCAAAGGCAAGACGUUGCAGCAGAUCCAGGACGAUCUAGUCAAGCGAUGAGAGGAACGGCAGGACCAUUUUGAGAUUUCGUUGGCGCUGUGCGUAUUCUGAAGAGGAAACAGAGCGUACGAGAAGGUUUUUUUGUAUUGCGAUGGAGCCUUUAAAUACUCUUUGUUUGGUUGAUGGAAGGCCAGUCGAUUCAUAGACUUUAUUAUUAGAGAGUAGAAUUGCAUGUGUAUGUACAAAUAUGUGCCAACGUCUCGGCGUAAUGGAAUACGUUACGACUAGCUAGACCGAUUACAGUUCCAAGUUGUUGGAUUGCUUUCCAUCGACAGCUUGGAUCAACGAUUAUUAUGAUUUUUUUUUCAAAUUGACGUAUUUUUUAUUAAUCCCGUUACGAAUGGUUUUCAAGAAUUGUUCGAUUUCUUGUAUAACGGCAUUGAUAAUUUUCAAUACGCAUUUUCCGCUAUGUCGAAUAGGAAUUUAAUGAUUGCUUAGAAGCAAGUCGUAGAUGUAAAAUUCUAGAUAAAAAAGGAGAAUUAUAAGAGACUUUGUUGCGUCAAUUUGAAAGGAGUAGUUUUAAGUCUAUUUCUAUAGUAAGCGAUUAUGCACAUCAAGAUGAUCAUUAGUGCAGAAUUCAAGUUAUUAUCUGAAAUUAUUUAGUUUCUUAUCCACAUGUAUAAGUAUCGUUUCCCUGGUAUAGUAGGGAUGAACCCGUUGAUUAAGUAUAAAUUUGUUUGUUUAAAUCUAGUUGACAAUUAGGAAUGACUGCUGAUGUAUGGAUGCUUGUUUUUAACUUAUUUUUAUAGUAAUUUAUACGAUGUGACGUGUGACAUCUAAUAUAUUCAACGAUAAAAUAAAAAGCUAUUGAACCAACA